AAGAUCUUUACAGAUUUUGAUAUUAAAAAAGAAGCAGGUGGGGUGGAUAAGGCCGUUAUAAAAACAUUAAAAGGAGUGCGUGUAACUAAUGGAACAUUAGAAAUUCAGUUCCGGUAUGCUGGGAAAGGUACAACUUUAGUGCCAGUGAGAGGAUUGUACGGCCCUCUAAUAUCUGCCAUUUCUAUGGAGUCAGAUUCCAAGCCUCAAGCGUUGAUCCAGGCGCCAAGUCAUGGAAAAAAUGUAACAUUCCCAGUCAUUGGAGUGGUGGCUGCAGCAUUGUUCCUCACACUCGUGACAAUAGGUAUUGCAUGGAAGAAGGGUUAUAUAUUGAAUCAAGUAUCAAGGGAAAGAGAUGUAAGAGGAUUGGACUUGAAGACUGGUGUAUUUACUUAUAAACAGAUCAAAGCUGCCACGGAUAAUUUUGCUGAAUCAAAUAAACUUGGAGAGGGCGGUUUUGGAUCCGUUUACAAGGGUUCAUUACUAGAUGGAACUCUAAUUGCUGUGAAGCAACUCUCUUCAAAAUCAAAGCAAGGAAAUCGUGAAUUUGUUAAUGAAAUAGGGAUGAUAACUGGAAUACAACACCCUAAUGUUGUAAGACUACAUGGGUGUUGUGCGGAACACAAUCAUCUAUUACUUGUUUACGAGUACAUGGAGAAUAAUUCCUUAGCACAUGCUCUUUUCGAUCAGGAUAAGUCUAAGAUGAAAAUUGAUUGGCCUACAAGACAAAGAAUUUGUGUUGGCGUUGCAAGAGGCUUGGCAUUCCUACAUGAAGAGACCACACUAGAAAUGGUUCAUCGAGAUAUCAAGGCUGCAAAUAUACUCCUGGAUACUGACUUUACUCCAAAGAUCUCAGAUUUUGGUUUGGCUAAGCUCAAUGAAAAAGAGAACACCCAUAUUAGCACUAGAGUUGCUGGAACUCUAGGGUACAUGGCACCAGAAUAUGCAUUAUGGGGCUACUUAACCUACAAAGCCGAUGUAUACAGCUUUGGGGUUCUUGCAUUGGAAAUUGUUGCUGGAAAGAACAAUAUGAAAUAUCAACCAAAUGAAGAUUAUGUUUCUCUUCUUGAUUUGGCUGUUGUUCUCAAAGAGAAGGGAAGUUUGAUGGAUUUGGUGGAUCCAAGAUUAGGGUCUGAUUUCAACAAAAUAGAAGCUGUGAGAAUGAUGGAAGUUGCUAUAUUGUGCACGAUGACUACUAAUACGCUGCGUAUUGACCUAUACGCAGCGUAUACUGACAGUUUGUAUACGCUGCGUAUUGGUCAAUACGCAGCGUAUAAAGCCUUCUAA